AUCAUCGUCGCUAUUAUAUUAUUUAGCUUCAACGGAAAACAAAAUCUUUUUCAGUCGAUAAUAAACUUUGUUGAAAGUAAGAUCGUUCAGUCUCGUUAAGCAAUUGAAUAAUUAACAAUGGUGUCCGUAAUUGAUGUAAUAAAUCUCACAAAUCCAGUAUUCCGAGCAUACGUGUUCUGGUCUACAGUUUUGGUAUUAAAAAUGUUGGCAAUGUCCAUUCUUACUGGUCGCCAACGCUUUAGGACAAAGACCUUUGCGAACCAAGAAGAUCUGAAAUCAUCUUCGGAAAAGCCAAAGUUUGAUGAUCCCGAUGUUGAGAGAGUCCGACGAGCUCACAGAAAUGAUAUGGAAAAUAUUCCAGCUUUUAUCACUGUUGCAUUCUUCUACAUUUUAACAUCACCAGCUGAAGGUUUAGCAAUUAACUUGUUCCGAAUUGCAGGAAUUGGAAGAAUUGUUCACACUGUCGCUUAUGCCAUCUUCCAAACUCAACCAGCCCGUGGAAUUGGUUGGAUGCUUUGCUAUGCUAUCACAAUUUACAUGGGAUUUCAAGUUCUCUGUGCAUUUUUCUAAACAGUUUAUUUGAGCUUUGAAGAUUAAAUUCAAUAUAAAGUCCAGCAUUGUUCCAAGAGAAAUUUCAAAUAAAGGUUUUCAUUUUUUUUAAUUUUUAUAA